AUGGCGUCGAAGGUUGAUCCAAAGGAGGCAGCGCCUCCUGUCGCGGCUGUCGAGGCCGCAGAGAAGCAGCCGCUUUCUAGGAAGCCGAUGCAGAGAACAAGCUCCGCAAUCGGGCUUCCCGGUCAGCCAGCUCGUGUCACGUCCAGCUCAUCUCCAGCUGCUGAGCCUCCAUCUUCCCAGGUCAUGGAGCAGGACAAGCCGGUGCGUUACAUGCCAAAGGCCUACAGCGAGAUGCUCCCCAUGAUGCGGACUUCCUCGUUUGAGGGGCCUGGACCAGUCCGAGCCAAUUCGGAUGGUAUCGUGCCCUUCCUCCGCAUGGUGCCAGACAGCACUGUGAUAGAGGAUGAGGAAACCUUCUUCCCGAAGAGCUUCUCGGAGGUGCACAUGCCAGCGUCACGCCUCUCGUUCCAACAGCCGGCGCCGUCCAACUCCGAUGGGCUCUUGGCCAACCGCGACUUCAUGCGCGCAGUCGAAGCCGCCAGAGAGCACGCGGCACAGCAAAGAGCGGAGGAGGCCGCUCGCCUGCCGGGAGGCGUGAAGAAGCAGGGGCACGUCUGCCUGGCGACCAUGAACAAGGAGAAGAUGUACGAAGGCAAGAUUGUCAAGGCCUUCAAAUUGGGUCUUUUGUUGGAUAUCAAUGCGGAUGUGUUGGGCUUGCUUCGCUGGAAGCAUGUCCGGGGCGUUCCAAGGAAGCUCCUGAAAGAAGGCGGCCACUUGGCCAACCUUCGAGUGGACACGGUCACAGGAGACAGAUUCACCUUGCGGCUGGAGUGCAUUGGCCACGAUGGCCAGACCUUCGAGGAGGAGGACUACCCGGAUGUAGUCGCCCGCGUCUACGAGUGGGCAAUGGAGCCAAAGAUGCUCCAGUUAACGGAAGAAGUUGCUCCGACAGCUGUCAAGCGGCAUCCCGGGCGAAUGGGCCCGCGAGCAGUCGGUGAUGGUGAGGGGCUGCCCAUCCGACCCCCUCCUCCUUUCAGUAUGAGCCGGCUCCGCCGUUCCGGCAAGUGCGGCCCGCGCCAGCCGUAG